CAUUUUAACUUUUGUUGUCUUACAUUAAACACGCGUUCAAAGUUCUAUUUCUGUUAUCAAUUAAGUAAAAUUGGGGUGAGAUGAGCUGCAUAUCUUUCAAUAUAAAUGGAGAACCGUAUACUGUCUGCACGGAUGAAAUUCCUGCUGAUACGUCGCUGAACACAUAUUUACGAAAUCAUGCCCAACUCAGUGGCACGAAAUUAAUGUGCAAUGAAGGAGGUUGUGGCGUUUGCAUUGUUACGCUGAAAAGAAAACAUCCAUUGACUAACAAAUUGGAAACACUUGCUGUCAAUUCGUGUUUGAUGUCACUGUAUGCAUGCCACAAUGAUGACAUUAUUACAGUCGAAGGAAUCGGAAAUAGUAAAAAUGGUUAUCGUCCCGAGCAGACUCGGUUAUUGCAAAAGAACGGAUCGCAAUGCGGGUAUUGUACUCCUGGUAUGAUCAUGAACAUGUAUAGUCUGUUGGAAAGUGAUGAGGGUAUGUUACCAAUGGCAAAAGUAGAGAACUCAUUCGGCGGGAAUAUUUGCCGUUGCACGGGAUAUCGACCUAUUUUGGAUGCAUUUAAGUCAUUAGCUUUUGAUGCUGACAGCUCACUAUUGUGCCAAGAUAUUGAAGAUCUUCCGAAAAUGCACAGUGACUGCAGUAUAGCAUGCAAUAAGAUUAUGGCAGAAACGCUUCAUUUAAAAUUUAAAGAUGGCAAUGAAUGGCACAAGGUGUAUACAAUUGCUCAGGUCUUACAAAUUCUCAAAGACGCCACCCUACAACCAUACAUACUUCUCGCUGGAAAUACUGCCCGUGGCGUCUACCGACAACGAGUUGCUCCAAAACUGUUUAUCGAUAUCAACGAUGUGUCCGAUCUUCGUGGACAUCAAAUUGUGGACAAUGAAUUGAUCGUUGGAGCUACAAACAGUUUGACAGACACGAUGAAAAUAUUCGAAUCGGUUUCGAAGACACCGGGAUUUGAGUAUUGUUCCAGUUUGGCUCAACAUAUUGAUCUGAUUGCCAAUGUUCCUGUGCGAAAUAUUGGAACAAUCGGCGGAAAUUUGAGUAUUAAACAUCAGCACAAUGGUUUUCCUUCUGAUAUGUUUGUCAUGCUAGAGACUGUGGGAGCCAAACUGACGAUCAUCGAUGCCAAUACCAAUACGAGAAGUUUGGUGGAAGUGGCUAACUUUCUCACUGUGGAUAUGUUGAAAAAACUUAUAGUCAACGUGAAGUUGCCGAUGUUGGACAGGAAUCUUUUUAAAUUCAAAUCUUACAAGAUAAUGAUACGCGCGCAGAAUGCCCACGCGUACGUCAAUGCUGGAUUUCUCCUAAAAUUGAAGCCGAAUAUUGUCGAAUCGGCUCGCAUUUGCUUCGGCGGCAUUAAUCCAAAAUUUAUUCAUGCCAGUGACACGGAAUCAUUUUUGAGCGGAAAAAAUGUGUACUGCAACGAAACAUUGCAGCUUGCGAUCAAAGUGUUGAAAAAUGAAUUACAGCCAGACGAAGUCAUCACGGAAGCGUCGCCGCAAUACAGAAAGCUGUUGGCCGUUUCUCUGUUUUACAAAUUCGUUCUGAAGACAUGCGACGAUAAGUUCGUCAAACCUGUCCAUAGAUCCGGCGCAAAUAUUCUUCAACGACCAUUGUCAAGUGGAACUCAAACCUAUGACACUCAAGAAAACAAGUUUCCUCUGACCGAACCGAUUGUAAAGUUAGAAGGGGUGGCACAAGUAUCUGGAACUGCAAAAUAUGCUAACGAUAUCCCGCAUUUUAUAAAUGAACUUUGGGCUGCUUUUGUACCUGCAACAAGAGUUCAUUUUAAACUUGAUAAGAUUGAUGCAACUGAAGCGCUGGAAGUACAAGGUGUUCGACACUUUUUUUCCGCAUUGGAUAUUCCCGGUAAGAACAACUUCACUCCAACAUCGACACCUUUUAUGGGCAUCGUAGAAGAGGAGAAGAUUUUCAUUGAACAUAAAGGCGAAGUACUUUUCCACGGUCAACCAGUUGGAAUUGUUUUGGCCGAAACGUUUGCCUUAGCAAACUCGGCAGCUACUAAAGUUAAAGUUUCGUAUUUGGAAAACGAUUCUUACGUUGCGGGAGCACAAAGUUUUUUUAGUCCUUGCAUAGAAGAGAAAACGACUCUACCAACCAUUCGGGAUGUGUUCGACUCUAAGGGAAAGUAUCAAAAAAUCGCUGAAACGACAGAGUCACAAGUGCUGGGUGCUACGAAAACAAUAAACGGAGCAAUUGAACUGGGCGGCCAAUAUCACAUGCACAUGGAGCCACAGACUACGAUCUGUAUACCAACUGACGAUAAUGGAAUGCUGGUUCACUCAUCGAACCAAUGGACCGACAUUACUCAGACCGCCAUUGCACAGUGUCUGAAUGUGCAAGAAAAUUCGAUUCAUAUCGAAGUCAAGCGAGUUGGCGGUGGAUUCGGCGCAAAAAUCUCACGUGCAAGCCAAAUUGCUUGUGCUUGCGCCUUGGCCUGUCACCUUACCGAUGUGCCCGUACGAUUCGUCUUGAGUCUCGAAUCGAACAUGAAUGUAGCUGGAAAACGGAACGGUAUGAUCGGUGAAUAUACGAUCGACGUUGAUGACAAUGGUAAAAUUCUGAAAGUGACUGGUAAUACAGCUCACGACAUGGGAUGUUCGUUAAAUGAUUCGCCGAGAAUUGUGGCUGACCUUGCUUAUUCCAAUUGUUAUGAUGCGAGCUCGUGGGAGAUUACAAAUGAACUUAUUAAAACUGAUGCACCCAGUCACACUUGGUGCCGUGCUCCAGGAACAACUGAAACUAUAGCAAUGGCAGAAACUAUGAUGGAACAUGUUGCCAGGGUUACUGGUAAAGAUCCGUUGGCCGUUAGGGUUGCAAACUUGACCACAGACAGUAAGAUGAAAGAUUUAAUUCCAAAAUUCGUAAAAGACAUCGAAUACAACGAUCGCAAGGGCAAGGUCGAUCAGUUUAACAAAAAGAAUCGCUGGAAUAAGAAGGGCAUCGCCAUAUCAAUUAUGAGAUUUCCAAUUUUAUACUUCGACACGAGCACCGCAUAUGUUUGCGUUUACCACAAUGAUGGUACAGUUGUAGUGAAACAUAGUGGAGUAGAAAUCGGGCAAGGACUUCACACGAAAGUAACUCAAGUUGCUGCACACACGCUAGGCAUACCGCAUGCAUUUGUCAAAGUUGGGUCAACCGACAAUAUCAUUGGCGCUAAUUGUGCUGUAACUGGGGCUAGCGUAACCAGUGAAAUAAUUUGCUUUGCAGUAAUGAAAGCCUGCAAAGAAAUUAUGCGGAGAUUGCAACCACUCCGUGAUGCGAACAAAGACGCUCAAUGGACUGACCUAACCCAAGAGGCAUACAAAAAUCAAAUUGGUUUGAGUGUUGUCCAUACAGCUAAAGCAGCAGAUAUGAAACCAUAUGACGUUUUCGGUUUAUCCUGCGCUGAAAUCGAGGUAGACCUUUUGACGGGAAACCUUCUAGUGCACCGAGUUGAUAUUUUGGAAGAUGUGGGACUAAGCUUGAAUCCGUUGAUCGAUGUUGGCCAGGUAGAAGGAGCUUUCAUUAUGGGCAUGAGUUAUUGGCUGACUGAAGCUCUCAUAUAUGAUCGUAUGAAUGGUGAAUUGAUGACAAAUCGAAUGUGGACGUAUAAGCCUAUUGGUGCAAAAGAUAUUCCAAUUGAUUUUCGCGUGACCCUGUUGCAGAAUACCGUAAAUUCUGUUACUAUUCUCGGCUCGAAGGCUGUUGGUGAGCCAGCGCUAACACUGUCAAUUGUUGUGAAUUUCGCUCUCCGAAAGGCCUUGGAAUCGGCUAGGAGCGAUGCUGGAAUUACCAAUGAUCCGUGGUUCAGGAUGCCUUCGCCGACAACGCCGGAAGUGAUUGCUUUGAGUGCUGGUCAUUCAACCGACGAUUUUACGCUUUAGUCGAGACUUCUAUGAAUCCAGGAAUCCACUAUCAAG